AGCAGUGGAAGGUGAGGACUGGGAGCGACAUGGCUUGCUGGUUCACUUCACGUUUUGCCUUUCUACUAGCGGCAUUACACUCCAGCAGCACUACACUUCAGCAAGAUGAGGUGUUGGUUAUCUUUUGUGGUAUACCUGAUGGCAGGGUUGGUGUGGGUGCCUGGCAUGGGUCAACAGUACGGCAGCAGCUCUGGGGCUGGCCAGACGGGAUCAUCCAGUACAUCUGGUUCUGGUUCUGUUGGUGCGUCACCCCAAGGGUCGGCGGGAAUCGGUUCUUCAUCGGGAGGCCAGGGGGCGGGACAGGCUGGUAGCGGGGCCGCUGGCAGUGUGUUCCCCGGGUUUGCAGGCUCUGGGCGUCCCUCUGGUGUUGGUGGUGCGGCAUUUGUUGGAGCUGCUGGUGCAGGACGGGGAGUUGCCGGCUUCCCUGGGUUCGCUGGCACUACUGGUCAGGGUGGUGCUGCUGGUCAGGGUGGUGCUGCUGGUCAGGGUGGUGCUGCUGCUUUUCACCGAGGCACAAGCAUCAUCCAGCAACAACCCACGCCGACAGUCACUCAGACUGUGACUGUUGAUAGGUUCACCACACUCACAGACAUUGUCUUUCAGAGUUACGGUGUGACCCUGACGCAGUUUCUAGUGGAGACUGCCACCAGGCCUGUACAGCAGGUUGUGGUGACGCCAGUCAAUGACCAAGUGGCUGUCACCACCACUGUGCUACACCGUCCAGAAUACAUCACGCUUACGGAAACUAAAUCUGAUUUCCGCCUGACUGUGAGAACAUCAGUCAGCCACGUCACCCUCACCCACACCGCCUACAACAUCAUGCACGUGCCCUUCACCAUAACGGCCACUGAAACCGUGCACCUGACCUCCCCUGUGGUGAGGACCGUCAUUAAAACACAGCGGCAGGUGGUCACGGACUACCGCACCAUUGUCAACUCUGUGUACGUCCAUGGCGGAUACCACUGACACGCAAAGUAGUGUACGUAAUACUAUUUCGCAUUAAUGACCGGAGUACCUUAUUGUUAAUGUUAUCGUAUGUUAAGCCAAAAUGAAUAACUGAACAUUU